AUGGUGAAAAUUGAGACCUUUGCGGUGGAACAGUGGAUGGACAAGUACGAGCUCACCGCCAAGUACAAUACCGCCGAGACCUGCGCCGCGUCCAUUUCCAUCGACGACCUUCGAGAACUAUCCGAAGACAAGACCACGGAUCCCUUGGGCCAGCUUCAGUCCACCAAGCUUACCUAUGGUGCAAUUCGUGGCUCCGAUAAUCUUCGACAGACUUUGGCCAACCUAUAUUCUGCGAAGGCUCCUAGUCCUCUGCCAAAGGACAAUAUCUUGAUUGCAGCGGGAGCUAUCCAGGCCAACUUCUUGGCGUUGUAUACCCUGUGCGGACCGGGAGAUCAUGUUAUCUGCCACUACCCCACUUACCAACAGCUUUAUUCCGUGCCCGCCUCUUUGGGCGCGGAGGUCAGUCUCUGGAAGUCCAAGGAGUCCAAUGGCUGGCAGCUGGAUAUUGAGGAGCUCAAGGGAAUGAUUCGCCCGAACACCAAAUUAGUUAUUAUCAAUAACCCUCAGAACCCUACCGGAGCCAUCAUCCCUCGCGACACACUUCAAGAACUAGUCGACCUUGCCCGCGAAUCCUCCCUUACGCUCUUCGCCGACGAAGUAUACAGACCUCUCUUCCACAAUAUCAGCCCUGCGGACCCUCAAUUCCCUCCAUCCCUCCUAUCCUUCUGCUACGAGAACACCGUAGUAACAGGGUCGAUAUCCAAGGCAUACAGCUUGGCCGGCCUUCGCGUAGGCUGGAUCGCAACCCGGAGCAAGUCGUUCCUCGAAGAAUGCGCUAGCUCCCGUGAUUACACUACUAUUUCCGUCGGUCAGAUCGACGACGCCAUUGCCAGCUUUGCUUUGGCGCCUGAAUGCAUUCACAAUUUGUUGAAGCGGAAUAUUGAACUGGCGCGAACUAAUCUUGCGAUUUUGGAGAAGUUCAUUGAAGCACACCGCUGGGCCUGUGAAUGGGUGAAGCCGCGGGCUGGCACAACAGCCUUUAUUCGUUUUACGAAAAUGGGGAAGCCAAUUGAUGAUGUUGCUUUCUGCGAGAUGCUUCAUGAGCGCACGGGGGUGAUGCUUGUCCCAGGCAGCUUGUGCUUUGGAGGCGGAGAAGAGUUUCCAGGCUACGUUCGUAUUGGAUACGUUUGUGAAACCGAGGUACUUGAGAAGGGGUUGGAAGCCUUGCAGAUCUUCAUGGAGGAUGAGUACGAGGAUGUUCCAUCGCGAAAGAAGGCCAAGGUACCGCAAUAG